GUAGUGGCUGCUCUUCAAUCUUCUCCUUCCCGCCAGGACGACGGCUUUCGAAGUUUUCUCCCAACCACCGGCAGCCGCUGGCGAAGUGCAGGUAACCCUAGCUUCUUAGGUCUCCGGUCUCGCCCUUUUCCUUCACUCCCGCUCUUUACCCAGUUCUCCGAACCACCUGAAACUGUAGGGUCCCAAAUAUUGGGGGAACUUUUGAUGGGUAAGAUUAUUGAUGAGUCAGAGGUGGAGUUUUAUCCCGAUGCUUCUGUACAAUGGUCUGCUUCAUCAAAGCGCAGAAGUAGCUCUAGGCUUAGGGAUAUCCCCGAGCAGAAGCGGCCAUUUUAUGGGGACAAACUAGUGAGCGGAUCUGGUGAAGAAGUGGACGGAGAACAGAGACUUGAUGGAACACCCAAUGCUGAUAAAGACGCAGAAGAUAUCGAUGUGCCGGACAUUGUUGAUCUGGAAGACAGUUGUAGCUUCAAAAUGGUUGGCUAUGAUAGCUUUGUUACUGAUAGUCUCAAACAAACUAUGAAAAAAUCCAAUGGGGAUUAUCUCGAUUUUGUUCAGAAGCAGACAAAGCCUAACAAAGGAUCAGAUGUGAAGGCGACUAACGAGAUAUUGAACAAAAAGGAAAAUGUGAAUUCCAAUAUGAAACUUGGCCUUCUCCCUGGCAUUGUUGCCGGGCAUAGAUUCUUCUCCCGAGCUGAAAUGGUGGCCAUAGGUUUUCAGCAACAUUGGUUGAGUGGAAUUGAUUACUUAAGAAAGCAUUCUAAAAGAUUGAUGCAAAAUGAUCAUAUUCCUCAUUUGGCGGUGGCAGUUGUGCUAGCUCACCCCUCUAAAGGUGACAUUGACUGUAUAAAUGAAGUAGUCUUUACUCACCCAAGUGGGAAUAAAUUGCCUUCUAAUAGGCAUAGAGUGGAAAAUCAAGCCAUGCCGGAUGCUAGGUUGGCUCUCAAGAACAACAUGGAGCAAUGCAUACCUGUAAGAUUCAUUUAUGCACAUAAAUGUUCUGAUACGAAUGGUUCAAAAGAGUAUACAUACUGUGGAUUGUACAAGGUUUUGAAGUGUUGGUCCGUUGAAGGUAAACAUGGACAACCUGUCUUCACAUACCGUUUGAAGAAACUUUUAGGACAACCAAAGGUAAGCUCUGAUCUGGUUUGUUCUUGUCAGUCAGCUUUAACUGGUGUAAGUGUUUAUUUCUCAAGCUUGGUGUGUGAAGACAUAUCCUAUGGUGAAGAAGCAGUAAAAAUUCCUGUUACAAAUACAGUCGAUUCAUGUCCUAUUGGACCUCCAGAUUUCAAGUAUACCAAGUCAAUUCAAGUUGCAACUGACGUAGUCAUUCCCCCAUCUGCCCCUGGAUGCAAUUGCAAAGGAAAUUGUACAAAUCCAAAGACUUGUUCUUGUGCACAGCUAAAUGGUUCUGAUUUGCCAUACUCGGAGCUCGAUGGUGGCAGAUUGAUUAAAGCAAAAGACGUAGUAUAUGAAUGCGGCCCUGGAUGCAGUUGUGGAUCCAAAUGCAUAAAUCGUGUAUCUCAGCAUGGAUUAAAGUUCCAACUUGAGGUUUACCGAACAAAGGUAAAAGGAUGGGCUGUUAGGUCCUGGGAUUUGAUCCCUGCUGGUGCUCCGGUGUGUGAAUACACCGGACUUCUCCGAAGGAAUGCAGAAAUGGAUAGCGUUCAUGACAAUGAUUAUAUUUUUGACAUUGACUGCUUGCACACCAUGCAUGGGAUUGACGGAAGAGAGAAGCGAGAAGGUGAUGUCCCUGUAACGAGUGGAACACCAGAACAAGUUGAUGCGACACUGCGAGAAAGCGACACCGAGUUUUGCAUAGAUGCAGGUUCUUGUGGCAAUGUUACUAGAUUCAUUAAUCACAGCUGCGAGCCCAACCUGUUUGUUCAGUGCAUCUUGAGCUCGCACCAUGAUCUCAGACUGGCUCGGAUAGUGUUGUUUGCUGCAGACGAUAUUGACCCGAUGACGGAACUUACAUAUGACUACGCUUACCGGCUUGGCAGCGUUACUGAUGAAGACGGUAACGUAAAAGAGCUGGAGUGCCAUUGUGGUACAAGCGAAUGUCGGGGACGUUUAUACUGAUGAGGGAUCAGAGCACUGUUUUUUUAGUCUGUCUAUUCACCAUUCAUUCAGGUAGGAUAGGGCCGUUCGUAGGAUAGAAGUAGUAACAGUCUGUAAAUGAUUUUGCGCUGUAAAGACUUGUACCCUUUCAAUAUUCUUCCAUUAAUCCUCGAAGAACACAUUGUAUAAUAGUAAUUGCAGCAGCAGCAGCAGCUGGUUCUUCCUUUUCCAAUAAUAGAAUGC